AAGACCGGAAGUUUUGAGGGAGCGGGCUGCUCCGUCGGCCUCCUCUUUGCUCUGGGGAACAAUGUGGCGGAGGAGCGUCCUCCUUCCCGGGACCUUCUGUGCUGGCCUUCGCCCGGGAGCCCGGCUGCAGAGGGCCGUGCCUUGGGGCAGUAAGACACACAAGUACUUAGGCACCAGCCCUGUUUUGUGUACCAAAGAAGAUGACCCUACUCCAGUCAAUAUCAAAGAUACAGAGACUUCACCAAACCAGGAGGAGAAACUGCAAGCAACCACAAAGAAGAACUUGCUAAAUAUCAUUAGUGAAAUGAAAGUAGAAAUCAGUACAAAGAAGAAGUUCCAGAUGUUGAAAGCCCAGAAGGUUAAGGUUCAAACAACAAACUUGCCAGAAAAUAUGGAGAGUACAAGUAGCAUGUUCCAGAAAGCUACAGAAGACAAAGCUAAGAGCAGUGAGACACUCAAUCCAGAGCUGGUGGCAGCAGCCUCUGCUGUUGCAUCGUCCCUCCCUUUUGACAGGAAAAGGACAGUUUCAGAAUUGGUUCAACUACUGAAAAAGCAGAAGGAAGUCACUGAUGCACGUAAAAGCGGAGAAGUAACUGACAUAAGCAACAUCGUUGCAAACAUGAAGAUUGGGAGAAAGGCACCGGCACGGGAUGCUGCUAGCCCAACCAAUCAGAUUCGGUUUGAUGAUGAUGGACGAGGUUAUAUGCCUGAAAGAACACUUGCUGGUAGAAUGAGAAGAAAAGGACUGUUUUCAGGGAAAAGACUUGAUAUUUUUACUCCUACUUCUGAAACAGAGGAAGCACUUGAAACAGUGACACCACCAACACUUUGGGAUCUGGAGCUUGCUAAAGAAAUUGAAGCUGUCUGUCAGCAAGGACCUCAGAAUGGCUUUGAGGAGAUGAUACAGUGGACUAAGGAAGGAAAACUCUGGGAAUUCCCAAUCGACAACGAAGCUGGACUUGAAGAUGAUGCGGAAUUUUAUGAGCAUAUAUUUCUGGAUAAAUACUUGGAAGACUUCCCUAAGGAAGAAUCAAUUCGCCAUUUCAUGGAACUUGUAACCUGUGGACUUUCCAAAAAUCCAUACUUAAGCGUUCAAGAAAAGGUAGAACAUAUAGCAUGGUUCCGGAAUUACUUCAAGGAAAAGGAAGAGUUGCUUAAGGAAAUUGAAGCACAUCGGAAGGAAGUCUUGCUUCAAAUGGAGAAUCAGUCGAAGUGAAAACUUCUAAAAGAAAAUGAUGCAUUUAUGUAAAUACAUAUUGGACAGUUACAGAAGCUAAUGUGGAAAAGAGAUGACCUGAUAAAAAAAUAUUUUUAAAACUGUU